AUGUUUUCUUUACUUACAAAGGGAACAACCUCAACACGCAUUGCCAUUGCUAAUAUUAAUAGUAGUAGUAGUAGUAACACCAGUAAACUAUUAUUAUCCCCCUUAUUAACUAAAUCUCAAUUUAGAAAGUUAAGUAAUACUAAAUGCUCAUUAUUACGUAUAAAGAAAAGUUCUGAAGCCGACAGUGAUAAUGCCACAACUCCUAACAAUAAAAAUACUUUGAAUAGUAAUACUGAAAAUCUGGAUCAAGCUAAUUCUAAUAUUGAGUCGAAAGCUCACUUUCAUGAACGUAUUGAAGACUUGAAACAGCCAAAAUCUUCUGUUUUAACUGAUGACCUAUUAUUUAAAGCUGGUAUUGAUGUCGAACAACCCACUAGCAGACAGACGUCUAUGGAAAAUGAUGUUAGUAUUGAUAAAGGGGAACAUCAAUCCAAUAAUACCAAUAACUCUGAGCAAGAUUCUACCGACAGUACAGCCAGUGGAAAGUCGCGUAGAUCAAAAAGAACCAGAAAAUCCUCCACUGAUAUCAAAAGAGAACGUUAUGCCAACAUUUUCUAUAUUUUCUUAUUUUCCUCUAUUAUUGGUUAUGCUGGAUACAUGGCUAGGGACUGGGAAGACAAUGAGCCACAAGACUUAAAAAAAGAUAUUUCUAAUGGUUACACUCCACAAUUAAUGUAUCAGAGAUUUAAACGUAGAUUCAAUUCCUUAUUUAGCUAUUUCCAAGAACCACCAUUUGAAGAUUUAUUACCACCUCCACCUCCACCACCAUACCAGAGACCCUUAACUUUGGUUUUAGCUUUGGAAGACCUACUAGUUCAUUCUGAAUGGUCUCAAAAAUAUGGUUGGAGAACAGCUAAAAGACCAGGUUGUGAUUACUUUUUGGGAUAUUUGUCUCAAUAUUAUGAAAUUGUUUUGUUUUCUUCCAACUAUAUGAUGUAUUCGGAGAAAAUUGCUGAAAAAUUGGACCCAAUUCAUGCUUUUGUUACUUACAAUUUAUUCAAGGAACACUGCGUUUAUAAAGAUGGUGAACAUAUUAAGGAUUUGAGUAAAUUGAAUAGAGAUAUGGGCAAGACUAUUAUUAUCGAUACUGAUCCUAAAUCGUACAGUUUACAGCCUGAUAAUGCAUUGCCUUUAAAACCAUGGGAUGGUACACCUGAUGAUGAAUUACUGAAAUUAAUUCCAUUUUUAGAGUACUUAGUGACACAGCAAGUUAAUGAUAUAAGGCCCAUUUUAAAUUCAUUUCAAGACAAGUAUACGAUUCCAGAUGCUUUUAACAAACGUGUUGAAUUGUUAAGAGAAAAAUUUUAUAAAGAUAAUGCUAAUAAGCUGCAAGGUAAUUGGGCUUUGAAGUUGUUGGGUGUUCAAUCUGGUAGUGCUACUACAGCUAAAUUUCCUUUAGACAUGAUUAGAGAAGAAGGUGAAAAAAAUUAUAUUAAAUUCAAGGAAAUGGUGGAUGAAGAAAAGGAAAAGAUUCAAUUUCAACAAGAAAAGAUGGCUGGCUCCCAAACGUUUACCUUGAAAGAUUAUGUUGAGGGAAACAUUCCGUCUCCAGAAGAACAAAUGAAGAUGCAAUUAGCAAAGCAAGAGGAAAUUGAUGCUGAAUUUGAAAAAUAUAAAAAAGAAAAGAAACUGGAACAACAACAAAAACAAUAG